GGGGUGGCUCCCUGUUUUAUUCUACAUCCUUAUAAACUGUGAUCUUCAGCUUGUGUUUAAACAAACUCACCAUCCUGCUCCAUCUGAUUAUCUGGAAGUGGAUCAGCAACAAGACUUUUGUCAGCCUCUGGAUCAGCUAUGUUCCCCUGGCCAGUCCUUCUCCUCCUGAGCCUCUUCCUCCUUUUCCCAUCUCCUGUUCUCUCCUGUCGGAUUGGGAACCGCAGUGACUGUGAUGCUGCACCUUUUGUGCCAGGUCACAAUCUGGUUGGGGAGGGGUUUGAUGUGGUCACACUGCAGAGAAAAGGAGCUUACGUGAUCGACGUGAAGACUUACCUGACUCAGGACGGCACCUGUACUCUCUGCUCCAACCCGCUUCAGGGCUACAGGCUGCAGAAACUUCCAGGUUCUGUGUUGGACUGGCGUGCAUUCAGCCGCUGCAGUGCUGAUAUCUACAGCAGUUACCACACUUCUGUUAGCUCACUGAUCAACACGUACACAGCCCAGGACAGCAGUGACUGGAAGUUUGGUCUGAAUGUGUCUGCCGAGCUUGAGGUGGGGGGAACCCUCUCCAACGCGUACAGUUUUGCUUCACAAAGAACUAAAGAGGACCGGUACGCUUUCAGCACACACAGGGUCACCUGCAGCCACUACAGUUACCGCGUCUCAACUAGUCCCCCCCUCAGCUCAGAAUUGAUAAAGGAUGCAUCCAGACUCCCAAGUCACUACAACUCUACCACCUCUGUGCAGUACAACGAGCUCAUACGCACCUAUGGCACACACUACAUCCGACAGGUUCAUCUCGGAGGGCGACUGAGAAGAGUGACCGCUUCACGAACCUGUUUGUCUUCACUGAACGGACUCUCCUCCAGCGAGGUCCACUCCUGUCUAUCGUUGGGCAUCGCUGUUGGCCUGGGGAAGCUACAGCUAUCCAGUGUUCAAAAGUCCUGCAACAAAGUUCUAGUGAACCAGGACAUGGCCACUGGAUACAGCUCAGGUCUUCACCAGCACUACACAGAGGUAUCAGGAGGCACCGGCUGGUUGGGAGAGUUUUUGAUCUCCAACAAUGACUCCCUGGGAUUUACAAGCUGGCUGCACACCCUGAAGGACAACCCAGAUGUUGUUUCCUACUCACUUCAGCCCAUUUAUCAGCUCAUGCCAAGUGAGAAGCAGAGGGCAGGGAUGAAGGCAGCCAUCGAGCAGUACCUGGAGGACAAUGCUGUCAAGAGUUCACCCAAAGAACCUCAGUGUGGGCUACACACUCCCAAUCUGGCGACCAACUGCUGUCCUCGUCAGGCUUCCAGGGGGACGCUGACAGUGACCAUCAUCCGGGCCUGGAAUCUGAAGGGAGAUCCAGUAGGAGCCACUGAAAGCUAUGCUAAAAUGUGGUAUGGAUCCGUAUAUCAUAGGACCCAUAUGAUCCGGUCAAACAAUCCCUGGUGGAAUGCUCUGUAUAAUUUGGGGAAGGUGUACACACAGUUUAGUUUGAUUGUGGAAGUUUGGGACCAGGAUUUGAAACAUGAUGACCGUCUCGGAUCAUGCACCAGGUUCCUGAGCCAGGGGACGCACAGAUUCAGCUGCCCAGCUAAAAACGGUGGCUUUGAGGUCCAGUACUCUCUGAGCUGUGAUCCUAAUCUGAUUGGAGACAGGUGUGACCGUUACCAACCAUCUCCACAGAAACAAACAUGAUGAGAAUUGUGUUCUCUCUUCUCUUGAAUUUCAUGUGAUAGACAUGUCUAUCUGUUGAAACUUUCAGGAAGGCCUGUUAGAUUUAGCGUGCAUCAUGACUAAAAAUAAAAACAAAUCAGUGCUUUAAGUUUUUAUCUAGAUAUACCCAAAUAACCCAAACACCCAGAUAUCAAUCAGCUCUCAGAUGUGAAAGUCCAGCAAGCUUCUAAUGGAAAUAAACAUUUUUAAAUAUAA